GUGAGGCAUGAAGGUGGCACAACUCGUAUUCCAAGUGUAGACUCACUUUGUGCAACCGCAGUUAAUCUACGAGACUAUUUCGAUAUCGUUCUUGGUUACCAGCUGUUGUAUAAAUCCGAAAAACCACAGUACCAAGCAUUGGUGAAGCGUGAACAAGAGAAAUUCGAUGGAGAGGUGACGAAAACACCUGAGACGCCAGGGCGAAGGCGUAGGCAGGCUCGCGAUGCGAGGCCGUCGCUCCCGCCUCUAGUGAUACUGCAACUAUUGGAGGGAGGCCCUUUACGUCCGGAAAUGCUUCGUCCAUCGAAAUACUAUGGUCUCGGACAUCUGCUUCGUCUAUUGGUCAAGCUACCGGUUUUGCUCCGCUUGAGCUCGACCGACGACCUCGAAUUCAUGAUCCGUAUCGCGUGCCUCCAUGAUUUAAUCGCGUUCCUCAGGCAGAAUGCGCCAAUGAUUCUAGAUUUUGAUCUGGACUAUAAAGUAGCGAGCGCUGAUAACGCAAAGGCAGCCGGAUGA